CUGUAGUUCAACUUGAAGCGGAAAGCCGAAGAAUUAGUUAGAUAGUAAUUAGUUAACCUAACCCUGAUAAAUUACAGCUAUGUUUCGUCUAUGCUUGAUUGUCUUGGCAAUAACUGUGCUUGGUUCGACAAAAAAUUUAUUUUGUACACUAAAGUGUCUAAAAAAUGGAGCGCAACACGGCGCUUGCAUAAACCCGAAUGCCCGACUAAGCGGCGACUGUCCACCAACGACUAGAAUGCUCAACAUGAAUACGAAUGGCUACAAGAAAUUCCUACUAGACCAGCAUAAUCAAUUGCGCAAUAUAAUUGCAGCUGGACGCGUAGCUAAACUGCCGAAGGCGAAUAAGAUGGGCGAAGUCUUUUGGGAUCGCCAAUUGGGUUUUCUCUCCGUCUUUAGUAGCAAACUUUGCAGACUUAGUGAUCCGUAUUGUUAUCGUACUGGUUUGCUGCCGAAUCCGGGACGUGUUGCCAAAAUAUUUCAAUUCCCUAACAAAAGUGAAGUCAAGCCAGCUAAUGUGAAAUUGAAAAUUGGUGAAUGGUUUAAGGAAAUCAAUGAAACGGCCAACGCCUUCGAGAAUUUAUUUUCACCGUUUGCGGAAAAAGUUUUGAACGCCGCGCACAUUAUCCAAGAGGAAAAUAAUCGCAUUGGUUGCUCCAUGUCGCAAUGGACGAGCAAAGUUGCCAAUGAAACGCUUCUGCUGGUUUGUCUCUAUGCAACCGAUUUGAAAAACAAUUCACCACUAUAUUCUGUGGGUCCACCGGCCAGCAAAUGUGUCUCAAAACGAAGUAUUUUAUAUAGCAACCUAUGCAGUAUUAAUGAGAAUUAUGAUUAUUCUGAAGGCCUAACGCAGAGUAUAAAUACACAUGCAACAUUUCUAUAACACUUCUACAACGGGUUCAACUCGUGGAUAAACAAUGUAUGGUGGAGAUCAAAUAUCAAUAGUCGUGUUCGUUUUGUCACUUCUCUGCUUGCUAUGUUUAAGCUCUACAGUGAAAGUCUAAAUCGAUUCUAGUCAUAACCAUAUAUUUUUAGAUAUAUACCAGAUAGCUUUAUCAGAUAUAUAACUUAAUAAUUGGUUACACCUAAGAUGGAGAGUUUCGAAAAAUGCGUUCAAUUGGAAUUUGCUAUAACAAGCAUAUGAGCGACGUACUUACUAUACUACCGACUAUUAUUUAUAAGUUUUUUACUUACAUUAAUGCCACUUCCAUAACAGCAAAUAAAAUUAAUGGAAAAGUAGGCUGGCAGGAAGA